AGCAGAGAAAGGGGAAGAGAAGUCUUUUUUACAACUGAUUCGCCCUGCUCUCUGAGUUCAGCGAGGGCUAAGCAGAAGGCAGGAGAUCCUGUGGUUCUGGGAACAGCUGGACUCAAAUACCCUUGGAUUUGCUGUUCCAGCUCCGGGAGAAAUCAAGGCACCGGGCAAUGCUGCUUCGAGUGACCUUAAGAAACCUGUCCUAGCUUCUGCUUGCUGUUGGCCAUGAUUUUUGGGAAGGCCUAUCUCAGGGCUUUCUCAAGAGAACUUGAUGGAAGGAUCAUAUUUUUUUAACAGGUUUUCUCAGGGUCUUGCUCAUUUCAGAGUUUGCUGCCUAUUUUUUUUUUUAAAUCCCAUAAAAAUCUAGGGACUCUGAGUCACUUUAUUUGGAGCCUGCUUUGCUGAGUCUGGGGGUGGUAGUUAAAUAAAGAGGAGGAGGAGGAACGAAAGAGCUGGGAUUGGUCAAUAUCAGAGGAAACUGGCCAGAAUUCCCCACCAGGAGAGGUGUCAUAGAUGAUCCGAGCUCUUUCAUAUAUCGCCUCUCAACAGAAAACUAACCGGAGCUGGUUCAUCUGAGCUGCCUACACGCUGGGGAGACCAGACGUCUUGCUGUCCAGGAAAAUUCUGGAGUGACUCUCCUGUAUUGGUUCUGUGUGUGGUGGGAUUCCUGGAAAGGAAGCAGUCACAAGCCACCAGGAGGCUAGUUCCAAAGAAACACAAGAGGAGCACAAUUACUGUGAGCCGAGAACUUGCUGAUGGCUGAGGAUGGCGAGGUCGUGGGCCUUGCCAAUGGGGGGGCCGGGAGCCCCUCCGACACCGUCAAGGAGACCAGCUGGCCAGAGGACGAUGAGGUCUUUGUGCCGGAGCUGCUGAGCCCCACCGUCAUGGCCACGUUCAGGCCCGGCAGCGUGGAGGAGCUGUACGAGCUGCUGGAGAAGCUGGGCAGCGGGCACUUCGGGGUGGUGAAGCGCUGCCGGAAGCGGAGCUCGGGGGCUUUAUACGCCGCCAAGUUUGUGAAGAUGCGCAAGUGCAAGGGCAGCCGGCUGGGGCUGGACCGCGAGCAGGUGGAGCGGGAGGUCAGCAUCCUGCAGCAGCUGGAGCACCCCAACAUCCUGCGUUUGUACGACCUCUUCGCCAGCAAGGCCGAGAUGGUGCUGAUCCUGGAGCUGAUCCGCGGUGGGGAGCUCUUUGACUUCAUUGCCGAGAAGGAGACGCUGAUGGAGGCAGAGGCCAUCGAGUUCCUGCAGCAGAUCCUGCAGGCUGUUGCCUACAUGCAUGGGCGGCACAUUGCCCACUUCGACCUCAAGCCGGAGAAUAUCAUGCUUCUGGAGAAAGAUGUUCCCAACCCGAAAAUCAAGAUAAUCGAUUUUGGUCUGGCCCAAAAGCUGGAAGACGGAGUAACCUUCAAAAGCCUUUGUGGGACUCCGCAGUACGUAGCUCCCGAAGUGAUUAACUAUGAGCCCCUGAGCUCGGCGACAGACAUGUGGAGCAUCGGCGUUAUUACCUAUAUCUUGCUGAGCGGGAUGUCCCCGUUCCAGGGCGAGACGGAUGCCGAGACCCUCUCCAACGUCGUUGCUGGCAACUACGAGUUUGAGGAAAAAUACUUCAGCGAGACCACCGAUAUGGCCAAGGACUUCAUCCAGCAGCUGCUGGUGAAGGAGCCUGGGAGUCGCAUGAGCGCGGCCGAGAGCCUCGUCCACCCGUGGAUCAAGCCCCUGAGCCGGAAGCAGGCCACCAACCGCAGCCGCUCCUCCAUCAACAUAAAGAACUUCCGCAAGUUCAACGCCCGCAGGAAAUGGAAGCUCUCCUACAACAUGGUGUCUGCCUGCAACCGGCUUGGCCACCUGAAGCUCUUGUGUGGCCAGAGGAAGGAGGAUGAGACUCUGCGCGGCUGCGAGAGCGACCAGGAGGAUGAGAUCACCCGCCCGGUGACACUGCUGCGCCGGCAGAGAAGCAGCUGCUCUUGAGACCUGGCCCCCCAACCACAGACUCCAGCAUGCUCCCACCGCCCCCUCCCCACCCUUUGCAUCAGCUGGGGAGGAGCAGCUGCAGCCCCCAGAGGUGGGGAAGGGGGGAUCUGUGCUCACGGCCCUGUGAGAUGGGACACCCCGGCAGCUGGGCUCCAUCCGCCGAGACCCGAACAGCGGGAAGGGGCAUUGACUUUGGUUGGAGGGGAAUGGAAGGGGGCUGGAAAUGGGAUCCUGCCUCUUCACACCCCCCCCCCCCCCGCCCCAUGUCCCUCUCUAGCCGGACGCCCGAGGACGGGGAGUGGGCUGCAGAUGGAGCUGGUGAAAGGGGAACACGUGUCAGCGGGUGAAGCUCGGGCGAUGCCUGCAGCAUCUUGGCACCCGGUCAUCGUGCCUGUGGGGUGAGGUAUUGGGGGGUGGGAGAAGAGAGCCCUGCUAUUAACCCUUUCAUUACCCCAUCCUUAUUCAAACAGAGCCCCCCCACCCCCACCAUUAGGGCCUUUCGGGGUGCAUUUUCUGCACCCCUCUUAUGCUUUCCAAUAGGACCCCCCCCGGUGUGGCUGUUCUGUCUGGCACUCGUGGGGUUAAUUGGAACCUUCCCCCCCAUCCCACUCACUUUCAGACGGUGUGUUCUGGAACUCACGGGGUUAAUCCAACUGUACCCCCGCCUCCGCCCCGUACUUGCCCCAAAGCACUAGGGCCUCUGUUCAUUCCAGCCCUCAUGGGGUUAAUAUGAGUCUCUUUCAAUCCCCCGCACCUCGUUUCCCCUCCCCACUCCGCUCCGCCUGCUGACCCCCAGCAGUACCCUGGGUGGGGAUGGAUGGCGGCUCCGCAUGCGAAUGGCUGCCACGCGGUGCCAGGUGCCUUUACCCAGCUGUUGGGGGGCACCAGGGAGCCAGCUGGGUGCCCCUUCCCUAGCACCCCACAAACACUUGCAUGCUGGCCUAAGGCGCAUGGCAGGCCAGACCCCUCCCUCCCUGCCGGCUGUCCGGGGAAGAUCUGCCCAGGUCAUUCCCCCUCUGCCUGGUUACUUUUAAAGAAAUAAACGUGCCAAGCAUCUCCCCCUG